AUGAGGAACAAGAAUACAUGGAAAAACUUAAUCACCAUAGCAAUAGUGCUUGCGCUUUUGCUAUGCUCGAAUGGGAUUGCAGAAGUAAACUCACAGAAGGUUACUGCGUUGUUUGUUUUUGGAGAUUCAUUGGUUGAAGUUGGCAACAAUAACUUCCUAAACUCUAUCGCAAGGGCAAAUUACUAUCCUUACGGCAUCGACUUCAGCAGGGGUUCCACUGGGCGAUUUUCUAAUGGCAAAUCCCUUGUUGACUUCCUGGGAGACAUGCUGGGUGUUCCCUCUCCUCCACCUUUUGCAGACCCCUCCACUGUUGGAUCCAGAGUACUUAAUGGAGUCAAUUAUGCAUCAGCUUCUGCGGGCAUUCUUGAUGAAUCAGGGCGACACUAUGGUGAUCGGUAUAGCCUGAGCCAGCAAGUCCUGAACUUCGAGAGCACACUGAAUCAGUAUAGGUCAAUGAUGAAUGCGAGUGCAUUGAGUCAUUACUUAGCCAAAUCAAUAGCAAUUGUGGUGAGUGGAAGCAAUGACUACAUCAACAAUUACCUACUGCCUGGCUUAUAUGGCUCCAGUUACAAUUAUACAGCCCAGCAGUUUGGCAACCUUCUUGUUAAUAGCUAUGUGCGACAAAUUCUGGCACUACAUAGCUUAGGAUUAAGGAAGUUCUUCCUAGCAGGAAUUGGACCACUGGGUUGCAUCCCAAGUGUACGAGCCACCGGUUUAGCCCCACCGGGAAGGUGCGUUGACUUUGUUAAUCAGAUGCUUGGAACCUUCAAUGAAGGGCUCAGAUCAAUGGUUGAUCAGCUCAACAAACAGUAUGCUGAUGCCAUCUUUCUGUACGGUAACACUUAUGGUGUCUUUGGUGAUAUCCUAAAUAACCCUGCUGCCUAUGCGUUCACUGUUAUCGAUAGAGCCUGUUGUGGGAUUGGAAGGAACCAAGGUCAAAUAACAUGCCUCCCAUUUAUGAUUCCAUGUGCAAACAGAAAUCAGUAUGUCUUUUGGGAUGCCUUCCACCCAACACAAUCUGCAAUAUAUGUCUUUGCCUGGAGAGCUGUUCAUGGACCGCUUAACGAUUGUUAUCCUGUUAAUUUACAACAAAUGGCUAACAUUUAA